GCAAGAAGGCGAAUGCAACGGACAUCGACCACCAGUCCACGAUGACUUGGAGCCAAGGACGACCGGCUCUUGACGUGCGGGAGCCCCUCUACUUGCAGGAGUUUCUGGAGGGAGACUCAUGGGACCUUAUGUUCAGGGAUGGGGAUGGUGAUGCGGCCCACUACUUUUCGGAUGGGCUACGAGACUGGCAAGAGUUCUGCCUCAACGACUUUGUGCGGUGCAUGGAUGAGAAGGAACUCUUGGCAGAGAAGUGGAUUCCGAAGCUACAGCCGGCACUGGAGGUUUGUAGAGCUACUCUCUUGAGGGCACUCAAUUGCAUCGACGAGCACCAGGCUUUCGUGGAUUCCUACACAUGGAAGAAGCAGGCGGCCGAGGCAGCCGCCAAGAAAAUCAUGGACGUCAAGAGAGGUGCUGAGGCCAUGGAGCGACGACAGAAGGUCACUGAGCAGUGGCUAGCUGCUGAAAUUGGCAAACUCGACGGGAAGGAGAAGGAGCUUCAUGAGACAGCCGUUGCAUCCGCCAGUGUGGCUGGUGCACAGCUGCAGAAAUUCAUGAAGCAUCUCGACCGACUCGGAGCUUACUCGGCAACCUUCGAGGAUGCCAUGGAGGUGUGGCUGCAAAAAGAUGCGGCUCAACGAGCAGCACGUGAAAUUGUGAUGAAGAAGACGGAUGAUGGGCCCUCGUCACCUUCUCUCCAGAACAGGUUCAGGGAGAUCGAGCUGCAGGACACACUGGUGGACGUGGGUCUUGCUGAGGCUUACGGUUGCCUGCAGCUAGAUGAUUCGGCCAACAUGGACAACCAAAGUAGCGAGCAGGAACCGACGAAGUUGGGGCAGUGCAAUCAGGAUUCGUCUCUCCCGCUGCAACUCAGUGUUGAUGGCUACAAGGGUAACCAGCUGGAGGCCGCUGAGAACAACAAGGGAACCGACGACGAGCCGAAGCAGGGCCCAAGUGAGUUGGGUCAAUGCGAUGAUCAGGGUUCAUCUCUCCCACAACAAGUCAGUGUUGAUGGCUACAAUGGUGACCAGCACGAGACCGACGACAAGAAGAUGCAGGACCCGACUGGAGUGGGGCAGUGCGAUCAAGAUUCACCUCUCCCACAUCCCGUCAGUGUUGACGGCUACAAGGGUGACCAGCAGGAGACCGAGGACAACAAGAUGCAGGACCCGGCUGGAGUGGGGCAGUGCGAUCAUGAUUCAUCUCUCCCACAUCCCGUCAGUGUCGAUGGCUACGAGGGUGACCAGCAGGAGACCGACGACAAGAAGAUGCAGGACUCGGCUGGAGUGGGGCAGUGCGAUCAGGAUUCAUCUCUCCCACAUCCCGUCAGUGUCGAUGGCUACGAGGGGGACCAGCAGGAGACCGACGACAAGAAGAUGCAGGACCCGGCCGGAGUGGGGCAGUGCGAUCAGGAUCCAUCUCUCCCACAUCCCGUCAGUGUCGAUGGCUACGAGGGUGACCAGCAGGAGACCGACGAGAAGAAGAUGCAGGACUCGGUUGGAGUGGGGCAGUGCGAUCAGGCUUCAUCUCUCCCACAUCCCGUCAGUGUCGAUGGCUAUGUCUCGGACACCGAUUCU